CAUGUGAUCCUGCGCUUCACAUACAGGAACUGCUCCGCCGCUGAGAAGUAGGAAGUUAUUUCUCCUUUGCUGGUUUUGUUGUGUUGACGCAGAAAGGAGAAAAUAAAGCACUUCCAAUGCUGCUUUUAAAGGCAGAAUUAAUACAGCAGACAUUUUAUAAAUUCACUCUGGAUACCCGCUGGAAGUAGAAGCAGCAGCCAAGUUGUGAAGUAAAGGGUCAUGGCGCCACCGGGGCACAGCAGCAGGAUAGGAGUGGAUCCUGAGAUAAAAAAAACAAUGGAGAAUGUGAAAAACCUCAAGCAGGUUCCUCAGUACGGCAGUAUUAAUGGAAGCUCCUCCAGCGACAGCUGCCCAACGUGCAAAGGCACCGGACGAAUUCCCAGAGGCCAGCAAGAUCAGCUCCUGGCUGUAAUACCAUGCAAUGAUGUGCGGCUGCAACCCAGACGCACGAAGCUGUAUGUGUGCAUCUCUAUGGGUUUGAGUAUUUUGCUUUGCUGCCUGAUCCUCUUUUUCUUCUUCCCGCGGAGCGUCACGCUCACUCCUGUGUCCGUGCUGUCAGUGAUGGUCUACUUCACCCCGGACUCUGUCGAAAUGGAGGUCACAAAUCUCUUCAACAUGACCAACGAGAACUUUGUCCCGGUUCAGAUUGCUGAGUUCUCCAUGCAGGGUGUGGUUAAUGAAAUUGUGGUGGGUCAUACCAAAAUAACCAACAUGACGGCAAUACAGUCUCGAUCGAGAAAAUCGUACAUUGUUCAAAUCAACCUGCCGCUUGACGACAAGGGCUUCAACAAUUACUGCAAGUCAACUACUAUCAAGAUCCACACGUUGUUCCUGAAGUUGCAAAUAACCAUGAACAUUGCCUAUCUGUCUCACACGGAGCAGCUUUCACAGGAUGUUUUCGAGUACAUUGACUGCGGGAAUAAUUCAACCAUCCCACAUCCUGUGAGAUCGUGAAAUCCUCUUUAUGAACACAGAACCUGUACUUUUAUCCUUGUAAUGUGUGAUUUAUUACUGUUAAAAUGAUAUCAUUAUAUUAUUUUAGCUGUCCAAAAGCGUUUAAUCAGUCACUAUCGUCUUAGAAAUUAAGCACAUUAAUGCUUUAAAUAUAAUAACUGUAUAUUUUAUCACAGAUUACAUAAGCUCUUGUUUCCUGUUUUUUUUUUUAAUUAUUGGUUUUGUAUUACAGAGUUGACCUCUGUUAAUCCUGAUUUCAUUUGCACUUUAUUAAACUGUGACGUUUAUCCAAGG